AUGCCUCUAGUAGACUGGUUCCUCCGCCACUCGGUUACCAUGUGGCUGCUGCUCCAGAGCUUUGUUCUGAUGACCUUUUGUUUCCAUUCGGCCACUACCUUUCCCAAGGGCUGCUACCACGCAGAAGAGGACGGUUACAAAACCUUCCGGUGCAGCAACGCUCAACUCACAGAGGUCCCUAAGGACAUACCCAACGACACUAACAAGCUCUACCUGGAUUUCAACCAGAUUGCCUUCCUCCCCGUUGACGCCUUUCGGAACUUGCCGGUCCUGCUGGAGCUGGAUCUGUCUCACAAUGCCAUCAUCAGGAUAGAAAGUGGGGCUUUCCGGGGCUUGUCGGAGCACUUGCAUUCCCUGGAUUUGUCCUCAAACAAGCUGGUGUCAGUCAAUAAGGAUGUCUUUAGCAAUCUGAAGGCCAAGGUCAAUCUCUCCAGCAACCCUUGGCUGUGCGACUGCAGGCUCCAGGAGCUGAUCAGGACAGUGGACCUGGUUGCUGGGUCCUCUGGGAGCAUCGUCUGCGACUCCUCUGCUAAGGAGGAGCACGUUGGCAAGCCCUUCCUCCAAGUGGUCACAGACAUGGACUUCUGCAGCGUUUACAAAAAGACCACGGACAUAGCCAUGCUGGUCACCAUGUUCGGCUGGUUCGCCAUGGUGAUCUCGUACCUGGUCUACUAUGUCCGGCAGAACCAAGAAGAUGCCCGUCGGCACCUUGAGUACCUGAAGUCCUUGCCCAGCAAGCAGAGGAAGUCAGAAGAGUCCUCCACCAUCAGCACCAUGGUGUGA